UUGCCAAGAAGAACAGCCCGAGAGGCGGAGGCGAGUCUGAAAUAGGAAGACUGUUCCGUCAGACACCCAAAGCUGGCUCCUGGAUGACUUUGGUGUGACCGAUAGCAACUUGACUGUUUUGCUACAAAAUUUAUAUUUCGCCUUUGCGUCGCCCGAGUGGCGCGCAGACGCCACAUUGUUGUCGAAGAAAGGGAAACACCGGACCGCUGUGGCAGAGCCAGUGGAAAAGUACGGCGAGUGAACGAGGGGCUGAUGGACAAUUCCUGAGGGAAUUCAUGAGCACGUGAGGUGGAUUCCGACCGUGUUUCAGAGUACGCUUCACGCCCAAAAGAGAGAACCAGGAAGAAGAAAACGGUGGACCGAGUGUAAACAAAAAUGGCGGCGUCUAUUGUUACCAGCAGCAUGUGAAGACGCCGAAAUACGGUGGUACCUUGACUUACGAAUGCAAAAACUUGGGUGUUUUCGUGCCUCAUUUGUGUUCUUGAUUUGCGUUGCGAGGUCAAAUUUGAGGUAACGGUGAAGCUAGUUGGCGCAGCGAACCCCACAAUAUCGGCCCAGCAUUCCUCAUUAGUUCCGUUCACGUGGUUACCUUGCAGUGGGUGGAAGUAUCUUUUUUGUUUUUGUGCUUAUAUUUUCUCUUUUUUUUUGUGUAUAGUUACUGUAACAAAUUCCUUUUUAAAAACAUGGAUCCUGAGAAGAAAGUGGUUCCUCCAAAGAAGAAGAAAAAGAAAAUGAUGUCCAUUCAAUUAAAGCAUGAAAUCAUAGAAAAAUACGAGCGAGGUGUUCGCGUAGUCGACUUGGCAAGGCUGUACGACCGCAAUACUUCUACCAUAUGUUCUAUACUGAAGCAGAAGGAGUCGAUCAAGGCAAUAACGCCAGCUAUGGGUGUUAAAAUAAUUUCAAGGUUGCGGACUUCUGCCCAUGAAAAGAUGGAGAGGCUUCUGUUGGUGUGGUUGACAGAGAAGCAGCUCACAAGAUGUCCUUUGACUGAGGGUGCUAUCUGCGAGAAGGCACGGGCCAUUUAUGCCGAUUUGUUACGGCAGACUCCGGGCUCUUCAACGGGAGGGGCACCAGAAGACUCAUUCAAAGCCAGUCGGGGCUGGUAUGACAAUUUUAGGAGGCGGAUCAGCUGUCCCUCCGAUGUCAGAAAUUUUGAGACGGCAAGCUCUGAUGUGAACGAGGAUUACCGUAAAACCUUUACUGAUGUGAUAGCAGCUGAAGGAUACGUCCCCCAGCAGGUCUUCAACUGUGACGAGACCGGUCUCUUCUGGAAAAGGAUGCCGAGGAGGACAUUCAUAACCAUUGAGGAGAUGAAGAUGCCAGGCCACCAACCUUUGAAAGACAGGUUAACCCUCACACUGUGCGCCAAUGCGAGUGGUGACUGCAAGAUCAAGCCGCUGCUCGUAUACCAUUCAGAAAAUCCCAGAGCCUUUAAGUCACACAAGAUUAUUAAAGAAAAACUGCAGGUUAUGUGGAGGGCAAACCCAAGGGCGUGGGUCACCAGGCAGUUCUUUGUAGAGUGGGUCAACCUGGUCUUUGGUCCUGCUGUGAAGACGUAUCUCCAGAUGAAAAACCUACCCAUGCGAGCUCUUCUCGUCCUGGACAACGCUCCUGCUCACCCACACAACCUCGAAGAUGACAUACUUGAAGAUUUCAAAUUCAUAAAGGUUUUCUACCUUCCACCUGACACCACCACUAUCCUGCAGCCCAUGGACCAGCAGGUGGUGUGUAAUUUCAAGAAACUCUUCACCAAGCACCUGUUUCGUCGCUGCUUUGAGGUGACGCAGAGCUCAAAUCUCACCAUCCGAGAGUUCUGGAAGGACCACUAUAACAUCGUGUCAUGUCUCAGAAUUAUCGAUAUGGCCUGGCAGGGUGUUACGAAGAGGACCUUGAUUUGUGCGUGGAAGAAGCUGUGGCCUGAGGUUGUUUCUGAAAGGGUCAUAUUCGAACCCGAAGAGGCAGUGGUGGAGGAAAUUGUGUCCCUCGGAAAGUCCAUGGGCCUGGAGGUUGAUGAAGAGGAUGUGAACGAGCUUGUUGAGGAGCACUCUGAGGAACUGACACCAGAGGAGUUAAAAGCACUACAGACGCAGCAGCAUGCAAAGGUUUUGCAGGAAAUUGGUACCGCGGAGGAGCCAGAGGUGGAUGAAGUUAUCUCUACAAGUGAGAUCAUGGAAAUGUUGGGUAUGUGGGAGAGACUUUCAAAUUUUAUUGAACGAAAACACCCGGAAAAAGUUGCAACUGGAUGUGCGUCGUCGCUAUUUAAUGACACCUGCCUGGCUCAUUUCCGUAACAUUCUGAAGGAGAGGAAGAAACAAUUAUUGAAACGGCCUGCAGGUGAAAGUGAGGAAAGCCUGAUGAAAAAGCCAAAAACAGAAAAUGAUUAAGUGGGGGGGGGGGGGGGGAAUGCAGCAAGCAUCAUACAAUGUUUACACUUCAAUGAAUUUAUUUCUUUACAUUCUCAUAUUUUAUCUUUUUAUACAUUGCGUUAUUUUAGUGUAUUUAAAAAUGUAACUGGCAAAUGGGGUGGGUUUCAGGUCCUGGAAAAGAUAGAUGGCAUUUAAUUUCAGUGGGGUGAAUUGGUUAAUAUAAAAGGACAUUGAGUCACAAGUUCGCUCGGAAUGAAUUUAACUUGUAAGUCACAGUACCACUGUAGCCCGGUCGGAGAACAAUACAGAACUAAAGCUGGCCUUGUACCUGACAGAGGGAAGCCUUGUCAUGCGUGCUGCUGCUUAGCUCAGCCAAAUGAAAUGACUGAGACUUUAAUUGGUACAUUACAGCGGUAUUAUGGACAAUGACCCAACCUAAUCUUCUGCGCUCAGAACUU